UAUAAAUUUCAGCCCAAUGCAAGCAAACGUAAAUCUCUAAUGUUGUAUUCUAUACUCCGUAUAUUCCUCACGUACCCCAGUGACUGCUCCAGAAACUUCUAUCUCCCCCACCCCGCCUCCCAGCUUCUCCCUCUCCGUUGCAACCCCCUAUUCACACCGUCAACACCUAAACCCCAUUUCUACUGCACGCCAUUCGUGUAAUACCUUGAGGAUCACAGGUGUCAAAGAGGCAAGAGAUAUUCCAAAGAUAAUCCACUGCAUCAACACAUUCAGUUCCACUGUCUCAAAUCUGUCCACAUUCUGAUAUGGAGCUGCCAAUUCAAGAGAUAGUUGCAAGUGAGGAAGAGCAAAAGCUGAGAGCUAGAGAUCCAAUCAAGAGGGAGAUUAGCAUGGAGGAAAAACGUGAACUUCAACUUAGGUUGUUGAGUUUCCAAAAUUUAUCUGAAGAGAAGAUAGACCAGUUAUAUAAAAUUUUAAGGCGGGGGAAUAGCGUCAAAUAUGAUGAUGCUGAACUGACCGUUGAGGCUCUAGACACAGACGCAUUCUGGGAGCUACAUGACUUUGUAACCAAUUGUGAAAAGGCAGAACACAAGGCAAAAAGACAAGCUGUGUUGGAUAGUUUUACUCCUAGAACUUCCAGUGCUGAUAAGGCUGCUGUAGCUAAUAAGAAUGACACCAUGGAGAAUAAUCCCAAAAUGCUUGAAGGUCUUGACUCCUUCACAGUUCAGGCUGAUUAAUCUCUCACUCCUGAAGCCCGUUGCAAACAUUGGCACUUAAAUAAUAUAUUUAAGUUGGCGUUUUGAAUUAUCAGUGGCCCAAAUUUGAACCAUAAUAUUUAUUCCAUCGUGAAUCAGUUUUGACUUUUGAGAAGUUUAAGAUCCCAAGUUUAUCUACUUAAAAAUUGCCACAUUCUUUGAAAUAUGUCAGUUCAUGCUAGAUUCAUAUCUUACAGUUUAUUUGUUUGUUUGGAAUAAAUGUCGGUCUUUUCUGGGAUAUGGUUCAACGGUUGUAUUUAGAUAUGGAGUUGUUAUGUAGGUUAUAGAGUUUCGUUUGGAAUGCAAAUAGCCUCAUAUUAGCAAAUCAAAUUUUAAUGAUUGUUUAAUCAAUUAGUCUCUUAA